GUACGUUUCGAUAUUCAUUGAUCUAUCUGGUGAUAAGUGAAGCUGUGAAAGCCCAAAUUAGUCUUCAUUUAGUUUCAAACACAUCAAUAGUGAACAAAAUAUAAACAAUUGUGAUCAACAAAUGAUUUAUUUGUUAUGGAAUUUACCCAUGGAAAACUUGUGAAAUCACCAGUCCCAUAUAGUGAUAGCGAUAACGAUGAUGAAGAGUGCUGCGUUGGAAAACGUGGACUUAAGCGCCAACCAGUGAGAAAGGAAAAGAAGAAAAAUGACAAUAGAGUACUUCCUAACCCGUGUAUAAAUACCAAAUGUAAGAAGGAUUGUCGAAGUGUGCCAGACAUUUCCCGGCAAAAUAUUAACGAACAUUACUGGGGUAUGUCAAACACAAGACGGCUAACAUGGCUUCAUGCAAAUAUCAAACAAAAGCAAAUUAAAAAAAAGGCGAGCUGGGCAGGAAGCAAAGCGUGUGCAAAGGCGAAACUGGACGUUUGAAUAUUCCCUAUUGUGGGAUGGAAAAAUAUUUAAAGUUUGCCAGAAUUUUUUUUGAAAACUUUAAAUAUUUC